GUGAUGGGCGGAGUUGAAGAAGAAAAAUAUAGAAAAGUCUAGCGAGGAGAGAAAAGUAGAGCAUGUGGGGUUAGCUAGGGUCAGUCUUUCACUGAAAACCAGGAACAGCUUUCAUGUUCUCUCUUCUAUUCUGUUACAGUUCUGCCUUUCUUUAACAGAAUUUGCAGUGUAAUACACGUGUAAAAAGCUAUGUUUUUGGCAUCCCCUGGCCACUUAUGAUAGAUAACUUUUAGAACACACAGGAAGUACAGCACUGCAGCUUCUCUGCAGUUGAUUUUAGCUACCCCCAAAUUCCCUCUGUAAACGAAUCUAUAGGUCUUUCCAUGCUUCAAUUCUUUCUCAAAAACUCUACUCUACUGGUUUGAUUUGAAGAACCAUUUCAACCUACCUUCAAUUCCUGUGAAGAAGCAAGUUUCUGAGCAAUGGAUGUUAAUGGGGUCUCUGGCUCAUGUCUGAUUGUCUCUAAAGAGAAGACCGAUCGCUUGUAUCCAAUGUAUUUUGGUGCUUCUUGUGCUUUUCUCGCCCUCAGACUCUUGAAAGGACCUGAAAAGGAAGAUGAAAAAUGGUCUGAAUUACGUGAAAAAAUGCUUCAAGGAAGUGCUCAACUUUUGGGAUUGCUUGUGUGGAGAAUCCAGAGAGAAGGAGAAACUGAGGCAAAGUGUCAGCUUCUCCAAAAGCUCAACGCUGCUGAAAAAGAGAUUGAAGAGUUGAAGAAAAGAAGACAUGAAGACGCAAAAGCGAAUGAGAAAGUUGUUGGCAUCUACGCAUCCCAAGAACAGUGUUGGUUGAAUGAAAGAAGGAACCUAAGGCAGCAAAUCGGAGCUCUUAUAAAUGAAUUGAGGGUUCUUGAGAAGAACAGAGAUGAAUCUAUUGCUGAAUUGGAUAAGAAAUUUCAGGAAAUGGAGCUCUUGGUGCAGUCUAAGGACAAGGUAAUUGAAGAAUCGGAGCAGAAUAGGAAGGAGCUAGAAGAAAAGCUAAUGAAGUAUGAAAGUGCUGCUGAAGAAUUGAGGGAAACCGUAAAGCGGGAAGCACAGGAGCAUUCUAAUGAGAUUUGGAAGCACAAAAGUGCCUUCAUUGAGCUUGUCUCUAAUCAACGGCGACUUGAAGCUGAGAUGGGGCGUGCACUAAGGCAGGUUGAAGCUACAAAACUGGAGCUCAGUUCAGUUCUAGAGCAAAAGGAGGAAUCAGUCUCGUUAGCUCAAAAACUAUCCAUUGAAAUGACAAAGAUGCAUAAGGAUUUGGAACAGAAAGACAAAAUUUUGUCUGCAAUGCUUAGGAAAUCCAAGGUGGAUAAUGCGGAGAAACAAAUGCUUUUGAAGGAGGUUAAAGUAUCAAAGGCUAAGAAGAAGCAAGCUGAACUAGAAACUGAAAUGUUGAAAGCAGUUUCUGGAUCAAGGAAUGAGAGACAUUCAUUAAAGAGUAUGCUUGCUAGCCAUGCCAAUACAAAAAUAGAUUCUUCCUUUGGGGCAAAAGAAGUGUCACAUGCCAGAAAACCCCAAUCAAAGUCAACUGAUCUUGUUUUCUCAUUCAAGCCUCUGGGGUUAAAAAAGGAUCCUGAAGCCUUUUCUCCUCUUUCUGAUUGUUACUCUCCAGAAGGAAUAGAGGAACUAGUAAUGACAGAUGAUGUAAAAAGGCUGGAAGGAUGGGUUCGCUCUGAAGCAGAAAAGUAUGCAGCCGUAAUUGAGAAGAGGCAUCACUUGGAACUUGAUGCUUUUUCUGAACAAAUGAGAAUGAAGGAUGAAAAGUUAGAGGCUUUUCGCUGGCAGCUUCUGAGCAUGGAACUAGAAUCAAAGCGGCUGCAAUCCUAUGUUGAAGGACUGGACCAGGAUUUAUCACGGCUAAGACAUGAGAAUAUGAAAUUGGAAGCCUUGCUGCUGGAGCGAGAAGAAGAAUUGAAUUCCAUGAAGGAGCAGUUUGCAUCACAGUCAAAACCUAUUUCUCAGAAGAUCAAAUUGUUAUCUUCAUCGCUUAAUGAUCCAGCAUUGGUUACUCAUGAUGCUGUCUGGUCCAAAGACAAGAGUUUAAAGAGAAAACCAGUUGAGAAGGGGCAAGAAACAAAAACCACUUCACUGCAGAUCUUUCGGGAGACACAUCCUGAAAAGGAAGAGGAAACCUCAUCUUGCAACCAGUCCAAAAAUGACAAAUUGAUUGUCCAAUCUCCUGAAAAAGAGUUUGAAGAAGAGAAAGAAGAGUCCAAACAGUGUCCAAUUCAGAAGGAAAGCUUUUGUUCAGUGGAGGCUAAUAAUGUUGACAAGUUAGUAUCAUCUGGCCAGGAUUUGUGCAAGACAAGUAAUCCACUAUGGAGGAUGGAUCUUCAAGCCCUUGGAGUUUCCUACAAGAUCAAGAGGUUAAAGCAGCAACUGCUUUUGCUCGAAAGGUUAACAGGAAAGCAGGAAAGUGGAGAAUAUGUAGAAAGCAGCAAUGGUGGAUUGAAGGAUUUUCUAUUAUUGAUGUCUUUGCUAAAUAAACAAGUGAGCAGGUAUCAGUCCCUCCAAGGGAAGAUUGAUGAUCUUUGUAAACGGAUGCAAGACAAUAAUCUGGACAGCAGUCAUGGAGAUUCUAGUACUACAAGAAUGAAAGGAGAUACCAAAACACUGGAGCAUUUACUUGAGGAAACAUUUCAGCUGCAGAGAUAUAUGGUUGCAACUGGACAAAGAUUGAUGGAAAUUCAAUCCAAAAUAGCUACUGGACUUGUUGGGGUUGAGCUUGAUAAGUCUACCAACUUUGACAUGAAGAGAUUUUCCGAUGGCAUUAGAUCGCUCUUUCAGGAAGUUCAAAGAGGUCUUGAAGUACGAAUAGCUCGAAUUAUUGGAGACCUUGAAGGCCCCUUGGCUUGUGAGGGGAUGAUACAUUUUAGGAGAUAAUAGUAUGAGCUGUAAGAUCAAAAUGAAAGUACAAAUAAGGGGUUAGGUGUCUUGCUGAUAUCUACUAUAUUCAUAUUUGUACAGACAAAUUACUAAAGUGAUAUAUAAUUCAAUAGGAAUUACCUGAAUUUUAAGAGAUCUCAGUUACUUCAUCAUGAUUUAUGAAUAACAGCUUCCGCACAUA